GAAGGAGAAAUCAGCAAAGAAUCAAUUUCCCUUUUCUAGAGCAGAGAGAAAAGGAAUGGAGAGUUGUUAUUCUCAGCAGAGAAGAUUUCUUAUUUCUGUCUUUGUUUUAAAUGUAUUAAUAUAUUGGGGAGGAUAUUGGAAGGUGAGUGGUUGCUUCGAUUCCGAGAGAAAAGCUCUCACCACCUUUCGGAAGGCUCUCAACGAUUCCUUCAAUAUUCUCUCUUCAUGGGAUGAUGAUGCCUCUGACUGCUGCAAUUGGAGAGGUAUUACCUGCCACAACAUAACUGGGUUUGUUCUUAAACUCGACCUCCAUGUCAAGGACUCCCGCCUCGGACUAGGUGGCAGAAUUGAUCCAGCUCUGGUUCAACUGAAGCAUCUUCAGUUCUUGGACUUGAGCUCGAAUGCUUUUAAUGGCGCACCAAUUCCAGAUUUCCUGGGUUCAAUGAAGGAGUUGAGGCAUUUGAACUUGUCAGAUGCAGGGUUCAGCGGGAGAAUCCCUCGUCAGCUUGGAAACCUCACUAAACUCAUUUCCCUGAAGCUUUCUUCACCUUCUUUGAGUGCCAAAAACCUUUGGUGGUUGACAAGCCUACCUUCUCUCAAUUACCUCGACAUGUCUUAUGUGAACCUUUCCAUGGCAAGCCAUGAUUGGGUGCACGUAAUGAACAUGUCUCCUUCCCUCGUUGAGUUGUACCUAUGGAACUGUGGUCUUUCAUAUAUUUCUCCAACUCUUCCUUCUGUUAAUUUCACAUCUCUCCGUGUCCUCGAUCUCAGUGAGAACAACUUCAAUUCUAGCAUUCCAAACUGGAUAGCUAACAUUAGUAGCCUCGUGUCCUUGUAUCUCUCAGGGAAUCAGUUGAAUGGGAAUAUCCCUGCAGCUCUUGGAGGAUUGUCUUCCUUGCUAUAUUUAUCUCUCCGUGGGAAUCAGUUGAAUGGGAAUAUCCCUGCUUCUCUUGGAGGAUUGUCUUCCUUGGAAGAAUUAAUUCUCUCGGGGAAUCAGUUGAAUGGAAAUAUCCCUGCAGCUCUUGGAGGAUUGUCUUCCUUGGAAUAUUUAGACCUUUCAGUGAAUCAGUUGAAUGGGAAUAUCCCUGCAGCUCUUGGAGGAUUGUCUUCCUUACGAGAUUUAUCUCUCCGUGGGAAUCAGUUGAAUGGGACAAUCCCAACAACUAUAGGACAACUUUCUAACUUGUAUUCGCUUGACCUCUCUAACAACUCCUUGACAGGAAACGUGUCUGAAAGUGUUUUUGAAAACCUCAAAAAGUUGACGUCCUUAUAUUUGUCUUCCAAUUCUUUGGUUUUUGUUCCACACUCUGAUUGGGCCCCUCCAUUUCAGCUUUUUUACAUUUUCCUGAGAUCAUGUCAUUUAGGUCCUCGAUUUCCUCUCUGGCUACGUACACAAAAAUAUGUAGAAAUUUUCGAUCUCUCUAACACAACCAUCUCUGACAUCAUCCCCACCUGGUUUUGGGAUUUAACACCCCAACUUCUUCAACUGAACCUUUCAAAUAACCAGAUGUUUGGCCAAUUGCCCAACCCUUUAAAAAUGCAGCCUCAAGCCUCGUACAUUGAUUUGAGCUUCAAUAAUUUCAGUGGUCCCAUACCCUGCAUAUUGAAUGGAGCCUCUUUUCUCGAUCUCUCCAACAAUCAAUUUUCUGGGCCAAUCCCACCAAAUUUUACAUCCACAUUGCAGUAUUUAUAUUACUUUUCUGCCAGAGGUAACCAAAUCAGUGGCAUGAUUCCCUCAUCCAUUGAAGGAAUGAACUCCUUGACUGUCCUUGACCUUUCCCGAAACAAUAUAGGUGGUAUCAUUCCAUUGAGUUUGGGUAAUUGCAUAGCACUCAAAGCACUUGAUUUGAGCAAGAACAGGUUAUCGGGAGGAAUACCCACGUCUUUGGGUCUAUUACGUCAACUCCAAACAAUGCACCUGAGCAACAAUAACCUAUCGGGAGAAAUCCCUUCGUCUUUGAAGAAAUGUACUAGUCUGGAGACUCUCGACCUUGGACACAACAAUUUCUCAGGUUAUAUUCCCACUUGGAUUGGCAAAAGCUUUCCGGCUUUAAGAAUUCUGAGUUUACGAUCAAAUAUGUUUACUGGCAACAUCCCAGCACAACUAUCGAACUUGACUUCUCUUCAGAUCCUUGAUGUGGGACAAAAUUAUUUAUCUGGCUCAAUUCCUCAAUGUUUUGAAGAUCUCAUGGCCAUGAAGAAGACAAACCUCAAUCUUUCCUAUGGAAGAACAGGAACAUAUUAUAAUGAAAACUUGCUUGUGUCAGUGAAGGGGCUGAUUCUUGAAUACACUAGAACAAUAUCAUUGGUCAUAUGCAUGGACCUUUCAAGAAAUAACUUAUCUGGAGAGAUCCCAAAAGGACUCACAAGUCUUUUGGGAUUGCGAGUCUUAAACUUUUCGGGAAACCAUUUGACCGGAAAAAUCCCAGACAAGAUUGGUAAACUGGCAUUGCUAGAGUCUCUUGAUUUCUCAAAAAAUCAGCUUUCAGGUACAAUUCCUCUGAGCAUGUCAAAUUUAACUUUUCUAAGUUACUUGAACUUGUCAUUUAACAACUUGUGGGGGGAAAUUCCAUCUGGAAAUCAGCUCCAAACAUUUCAAGAUCCUUCUAUUUAUAUGGGCAACAACAGACUUUGUGGACCUCCUCUUCCACAUAAGUGUGUUAGCGAUGAGACUCCUCAAGGUCCAAUGCUUGUUAGUGGUGACGUUGAAAAAGAUGAAGAAGAGGAUGAGAUGCGUUGGUUUUGCUCUGGACUGGGACCGGGAUUUGCAAUUGGGUUUUGGGCCUUCUGUGGCAUUUUAGUACUGAAGAGGUCCUGGAGGAUUGUCUAUUACCACUUCUUUGAUGAGAUGAAAGAUAGACUUUGUUUUAAUUGUCAUUGUACAUGAUGCUAGAUUGAAACCUUGGUCAUGAAU